GAAUUCUGGUAAUAACAAGGAAGGGGGCAAUGAUAGAGAAAAGAUAGAAAACCACGAGAGAAGCCAAAUAAACCGAAGAUCACUGGGUACAUUCGCCCCGAAUUGCAGAAAAAGAUGUCCGCUGAAGAACUGGAAGCCAUGAUGGCACGGAUGAAGCUCAAAAAUGACCAGAUCAGAGAGCAGAGAGAACGGGUCGCCGCUGACGAGGAUGCUUUCAAUGCUAAGGUGAAGGAAGAGCGUGAAAGGCAAAAGAAGAUAAGGGAGCAACAACAAGCGAAGGCUACUGCUCAGAAGAAGAUCCAGACAAGCAUUGACAAUGAGCGUGAGGAGAAUGCCAAGCGGAAACUCGCAAAACUUGCACAACGAGAAUGGGAUUCACAGAAGCAGAGCACACCGGAACGAAAAGAACGUCCACUUAAAGGUUUAGGUCGAGGUGCGCCAAUAUCUAGCAGUGAUGUGCGGCAGCCAAACACGCCUAUAACACCCAAGACAGAAGAAGCACCUCAACUGCCAGAGUUGGAAAAGAACGGCCUAGCUGAUGAAUGGGCCGCUGCGACGGCCGCUGCAACAGAACAGUGGUGAUGAAUCACCAGCUCCUCAAUGUUCUUGCUGUCAAGUAGUCGAGGUACUUGCGUUCUGCCAGUCUCAUCUCAGGAUAUAUCCAAGUCCAAUUGCAUCAUCUUCGAUGCCUCCUCGCCUUCCUAAGGCUCGAAAAAUGUCGAUUACUGAUCUCCUUUCACGAUGUU